UACAGCUAGAUUUAUCUUUACAGAUAUGUUUUCAGAAAGGCUUAUCAGAAGAAGAAGAAAAAAAAACGAAACAACGGGCUCUCGAUUAGCUGCUUUUCUGCUCAUCUGUAUGAAACGAAGGAGAUGAGAUGAGAAAGGGCUCAUGCCCAGUGGAUGCGAGGGUCAAGCAUGAGAGCCAGCUAUUGUAACGGGAAUCUAAAAAAACCUAAGGGGCUGUUUGGCUCCCAAGAAUUGGUUUGAAUUGAAUCACUUUCCAAGAAUUGGUCUGUUUGGCUGUCUGUGGAAUUGAAUUGAUCAUUUCUACCUAAUUCUAAUCCUUGCAAAUAUGGCCUCCUCUCAAUUCAGACCCUCCACCAUCAGAAAAGGCUAGAAAGGUAACUAGGGUUCGCUACGUCGCCCACCGUCUCCACCCAGGACCGCCGCCCUCAUCCGUCUCCCCUGUCUUCCUCGCCCUCGUCUACCUCGUGCUCGUCGGAAAAAACAGCUCAGGACCGCCGCUCGUCUGUUUGGUUGAAGUCGAAGCACCCAGGACCGCCGCUCUGGACCUCGCGUGGUUGAAGUCGAAGCACCAGUGGCCUCUCCUUGGUUUCACUCUCCUCGCGUAGGAUCUGCUACCAGGAACGCCCGUGAAGCGAGCGCUGCUGCCAGCGAUGUCAGAGAAGCGAGCGCUUGUUCUUGCGGCUACCUGCUUGAGAUGUGACCAGAAUCCAUUGAUAUAGUGUACUCGGUGCAUGGCAGCUACCUGCUUCCUCACUUUUUCAUCACAAGUUUGUUUUGGGAUCUUUCGCCUCAAGUUUCAUCUAGCUACCUUCAACAAAUCCUUCAAUCUCCAUGGCUACAUCGAUAUCAAAUCAAUAUACUAACGAGGAGGAAAUUAAAAGGAAGAGAAAGAAGCGAAAGAGAGUUGUUGUAUUAGCUGUGUCUAUUAUGGCUAUAAUUGCAAAUUGGUAUCAACGGAGGAGACCUAGACACAUCGUAGAUGCUAACGAAGUUCAAGAGAGAAAUGUCGAGUGCAGAAAACAAAUGCUACGUAAUAUGUACCAGGGUUCAAAUGUCUAUUGCUAUGACAGUUUGCGCCUAACUAAGAGAUCUUUUAGUGACUUGAGUGCCAUCUUACGGGAAAAGAGUGGCCUACAGGAUACCCUAAAUGUGUCGGUAGAAGAAAAGUUUGCAAUUUUUCUGCUUAUAGUAGGUCAUAACACCAAAAUGAGGCUGAUCCGUAGCACUUAUGGGUGGUCCCUUGAACCAAUCAGUCGACACUUCAACGAAGUGCUUAGAGGGAUUCUAUCUUUAAGUCAUGAGUUCAUCAAGCUUCCUAAUCCAGAAACCACUCUACCUGAGGAUCCAAAGUGGAAAUGGUUUGAGGACUGCCUAGGUGCACUAGAUGGCACACAUAUCGAUGUGAAUGUUCCAUUGACUGACCAAGGUAGGUACAGAAAUAGGAAGCAACGAAUCACCACUAAUGUAUUAGGGGUUUGUGAUCGACAAAUGAAGUUUUUGUAUGUCUUGGCUGGAUGGGAAGGGUCGGCUUCGGAUUCACGCAUACUACGUGAUGCCAUGUCACGGGAGGACUCAUUUGUUGUUCCUAGUGGUAAAUACUAUCUAGUGGAUGCUGGAUAUACAAAUGGUCCGGGAUUUCUUGCCCCGUACCGAUCUACACGGUACCACUUGAAUGAAUGGGCUAUUCAAGGCAACAAUCCAUCUACUGCGAGAGAGUUAUUCAACCUACGCCAUGCAACAGCUAGGAAUGUGAUAGAGAGAACUUUUGGGCUAUUGAAGAUGAGAUGGGCAAUCUUGAGGACCAGCUCAUAUUUUGAUUUAGAAAACCAGAUUAGGAUCAUCCAUGCUUGCUGCAUAUUGCAUAAUUUUUUAAGGGAUAGACAAAGAGAUAUGGACGAUAUUCUAAUACAUGAAGUUGAUAGUCUCAUCUCUGCUGCUCCUGCUGAAAAUCAAGGAGAAAUGAGUAUGAUUACGCAUGUUCAAUCAACUAAUGAGUGGGGUUAUUUUAGAGACACCAAAGCUAGUGAAAUGUUUGUUGAUUAUCAAGCGAGGCGUGGUCAAAGCUCAUAGUUGACAAGAAAACAAGGGGCUAUGUUCCUUGGAAUGAUGAGAUGGAUAAGGUACUCCUUGAUACAUUUGUGGACUAUUACAAUAAAGGUGAUAGAUGUCAGAAUGGGUGGAAGUCUCAUGUAUACACAGCUGCUGUGAAGAAUGUUUGUGAGAAGUGUAAUGUCACCAUUACAAAGGAAAAUAUUAGCUCUCGCAGCAAGACCUUUGAUAAGCACUACAAUAUCAUUAAUGGUUUGUUGUCCA